UACACCGUGCUCAAUCACGCGUACAAUCCGUGAUAUUUAAUAAUAGCAAGCUGUAAACGGAAGUUGGUGAAGCAAACAUAAUAUUAAUUUAUAGAUAGGUACCGACCUGAUCAGUCGGUCACUGAGUAUAUCCUGAAAGUGCUUAGUAAGCCUACGUGUAAGGAGGUGCUACACGGUGAUUAAAAGUAUUCUAGAAGGUGCAAGCCUACACGUUUGUUAGUUAAGAGUUUGCAAGUUGCCCGGUUGUUUGAGCCUGCAACAUGUAUAUCCAGACAAGAGCACUCAGGUUAAUGUCCUCAAGAUGGAAGAGAGUGAUGACUCAGCACAUUUUAAAUGGCAGACUUUCUCAGGACGUACGGUCUGGUUUCCUAGAAAUGGUUGGAAAAACGCCUCUGAUUCGGCUACCAAAAGUAAGUCAAGAAACUGGUUGUGAAAUCUUGGUGAAAGCUGAGUUUUCAAAUGGAGGUGGCUCAGUAAAAGACAGAGCAGCUCUUUACCUCGUCAAGAAAGCCAUGGAAGAAGGACUUCUAAAAGAAGGAGGAAUGGUUGUUGAAGGAACUGCAGGCAACACUGGUAUAGGCUUAGCUCAUGUCUGUAAUGCUGUAGGACUCAAAUGUGUUAUUUUUAUGCCUGAUACUCAAUCACAAGAGAAAAUUGAUUUACUGCGGACUCUUGGGGCAACAGUAUAUCCAGUUCCGGCUGUCCCAUUCUCAGAUCCCAAUAAUUACAAUCAUCAAGCAAAACGCUUUGCUGAAAGCCAAGAGAAUGCCUAUUGGACAAAUCAGUUUGACAAUACAUUCAACAGGCUGGCCCAUAUUGAAACAACUGGUCCAGAAAUUUGGGCCCAAACUGGAGGAAAACUGGAUGCAAUAGUUUUUGGUACUGGAACCGGUGGAACAUUGGCCGGAGUUGGGAUGUACAUGAAGCAAAAGAGAUCAGAUAUACAGGUUGUACUUGCAGAUCCCGAAGGAAGUGUUCUAUAUAAUUAUAUCAAACAUGGGAAGCUUGAACGAAAAGGCUCCGGAUCAAUCACAGAAGGGAUUGGACAAGGCAGAAUAACAGAUAAUUUAAAUGGCGCACCAAUUGAUGAUGCAGUACAUGUGACCGAUAAAGAAGCUGUAGAGAUGACAUUCCGCCUCUUGCACGAACAUGGUUUUUUCGUAGGAGCUUCUUCAGGGUUAAAUGUAGCAGGGGCAGUACAAGUCGCUAAAAACCUUGGUCCAAAUCAUACUAUAGUUACUUGUCUGUGUGACACUGGUCAAAGGUAUUAUGGACGUUUAUUCCGUAAAGAAUGGCUGAAAAGCAAAGGCCUUUUAGACUCUGUACCAGAACCAUAUCAGGAAUAUCUACAUUAGGUGAAAACCAGUCUUGCAACUGUACCUCACAGGCCCAUAACCAGGUUCAUGGGAAGGUGCCACACAAGAAGUUGGAAUGAUCAACCAAAUGAAACAUGCAUUGUCAUUCCAAAUGUAUUAAAUAAAUUUUUGUACAUUUUUUUCCUUUGUGUUAUGUUAUUGAUUCAAUAAAAGUAUAGUUAAAACUCUUUAU